CGGUAUGGGAAAGAGUGAAGAAUUGAUUUUAUGAGGCAGUCGCUUGUGCGCUGUCCGUCCUGUGUUAGCCUGCUUUGUUGCAGCUUCCUUGGAUGGCAAAGGGACCCUUUCUACACCAGCAGUGUCAGGUUGUAGCGGACGUCUCAUUGGAAGGAGCAUUGUCCUCUGGGUAUAAAUAGCCUACGUCCUGGCAGGCUGGAGGCUUUGGGAACAUCUCUGCUGGUGUUCUGGGGAAUGCUGACCCCGUUCACCUCUAAUAGGUGGUAGAUGCAUUGCGGGGAGCCUGUGCCACGGCUGCUAGAAGAGCAUAAAUUCACAUUUGCUGACUUGUGCAUUUGGUUCUUGGCUAUAACUGUACAUCAGUGCCUCUUACAUUUAGCAAAGCAGUAGCAGAAAAAAUUUUUAUUGGCUGUCUGGGACCGAAGAGAUGAAACGUACAGACAUGUUUGUAGACUGCGCUUGCACAGGAACACUUGCCUCGCUUAAGGAGGCGUGCAGUUUCUGGCUGUUUGAAGCGCAGCUAUGUCUGUUGAGCAAUAUCCGAGCAGAUUAAUUCAUUGGGCAGCGUGGUAGCACUCUGAACUAAAGCCUCAGGGGAGGAGGUACGUAGGGACAGAAACAGGGGCUUGGGGUAUGACUCACUGUGAAAACAGGCCUGGGAAUUGCUCUUACCAGUUCUGACGUCCUGUCUUCCGUGGCAGUGAAGGAGUCUGCUCUCCUCUGGUUUUGGCCACCCUGAGUCUUUGUUUUCUUAUGUGCAUGCCUUGGCUCUGAAGAUAAGGGAGGGAGAAGGUGGUUCUCUCCUAGGGACUUUCUCACAGAAGAGACCUAUCGCUGGGGUCAGCUUUGUGCGUCCGGGAGAGGUGAAGGCUGCUGAGGCAUCGGCCCAAGUUUGUGAUGGGAUUCCAGUGUGCCCCCAUGCUUCCCUGUGCUGCAGUAUGAGGUUGUCCUUCUGCUCCUUGGGAAAGGUUGAGUGCAGAACUUUGACUUGAACCUGGAUGUGCUCGCUUUCCUGGGAAGCUGAAAAAGUCUGGAUAGGCGUGAGCACAGCAGUGGUGUUCUCCCGUCCCGCAGGAUGCCCAACGAGCCGUGUUGUGGAGGCAAAGGCUUCCCCUGCGCUCCUUGCCCAAGAACCUGAUUGACAAGGCUGUCGUGUUAUGACGACCCCCAACAAAGGAAACAAGGCCUUGAAGGUGAAGCGGGAGCCAGGCGAGAAUGGGACCAGCUUGACAGAUGAGGAGCUGGUGACCAUGUCUGUGCGGGAGCUGAACCAGCAUCUACGGGGCCUGUCGAAGGAGGAGAUCAUCCAGCUGAAGCAGCGUCGGCGCACGCUGAAGAACCGGGGCUACGCGGCCAGCUGCAGAGUCAAGCGUGUUACCCAGAAGGAGGAACUGGAGAAGCAGAAGGCAGAGCUGCAGCAAGAAGUGGAGAAGCUGGCCUCCGAGAACGCCAGCAUGAAAAUGGAACUCGAUGCUCUCCGCUCCAAAUACGAGGCUCUCCAGAACUUCGCCAGAACCGUGGCCCGGAGCCCCGUCACCCCUGUGCGGGGGCCUCUCACCUCCAGUAUGGGGCCCCUCGUCCCUGGCAAGGUUGCUACUACUAGUGUCAUCACAAUAGUGAAAUCCAAAACGGACGCCCGGUCUUAGUGAAGCGAGUGUUGCCUGAGCUUGUCUGUGCAGGGCAAUUAGGCACAAAACCAGCCUGGAAUCCCCAAAGCACAAACCCUCCCCACAUGGGUCCGGGUUCCUUCUACUUGGCCCAGGACUGGCCUGCUGAUCACUCCAGUUUUAUUUUGUUGUGUCCAGAUUGGUAUGAGCAGUGGUGAUGCGUCCCUUGUCCUGUGCAGACAGAGCCCCCACCCAGCAGUCUGUAGCCCUCGGGCGCCCGUGGGACAGACUGCGAGAUCUUGGUUUUCCAGCCAAAGAAAGUCUGUGCAGCGUGGCCGAUGGCAGGGCGACGGAAGGGCUUGGGGAAGGUCCGGGGGGAGGCUUUCUUCCUGGGGGCCGGGAACCCUAAUUUUCGAUCGCUUCCAAAGGCUUUACUUCAUUACUCUUCCAGGUGGUGCAUCUCGGUGCCCGACUGCCAGGCGCCUGAACCUGCUGCUUUUGUCUCAUUCGGUACCCGUAGUUGCAGUUGGGGUGUUCUGUGUAAUAGGUUUUUAUUCCUUUCUAGGUGUGCCUCUGUGCCCUAACAGUGGGUUUCCUUCAGACGUCCGUUGCGUUAGCCGUGUAAACUAGCAGUGGUGGAAAGGAAGAUGCAGUCGUGCCCUGCCCUUGCCCCAGCGACGGGGAAGGAGCCGGGACAGGGCCCUUGCAGGGGAGGGAGGGGAGGUACCGUGUUGGCUGCAGGCCGGUUUUGUGCCUAAUGUGUUGCACUGAACAAGACCAAAAUCACUAGUUGUUCCCAUGUUUUGAGGGUAUCAAGUGUCUCUAGUGUGAUGGUUUACACGACCAGUUUAUGUGGUUAAAUAGCCCUUUAUUUAAAGAGAGAAACAUCGUUUUAAGAGUUAUUAAAUUAUCUAAGUUUAAAAUUAAAAUCAGACAGAAGAGAGAGCGUAUUUAUAGUCAGCUUUUUUAUCUGAGAGGGCGAGAAUAUUUGACCAUAUAAAUGGGGAAAUAUUCUCGGAGACUUUGCUAGUUAAAAGUUAAUAAAUAAAUAAUUUUAAAGUUUCUCGUGAACCUCCCGCAAACUGUUUGUGGCUCUGAGGUUAGUUUUUAUAAAGAGUUAUCAGACUUUAUUUAUAAAACUUAGAAAAAGACAAAAAAAGUGGCAAGUCCUGUUUGAUAUCUUUUUGCAAUUGUACCAAAAGUGACUUAUUCUCGACCUUGCUGGCUUCCGUUGUGUCCCCUUGUGUAGCGCGCUCUGAGCUCUUGCGUGGCGCUGUGGUGUGGUGCCGCCAGUGGCUGCCUUUGCCAUGUGCUGUUGUUUCAUGCUGCCAUCAUUUUCUCUAAGCUGGACCGAGAGAUUGAGUUUGCAUCCCUCCGAAUUCUCCAGGAGGAUUCUGGCGCACAGGCAGAGGUGCUGCUGUUUUUGAAGGCAAAAACGAAUGGCUGGUGCAACUAAGUAGUGAAUGCCUGCCCAGAAAACGCUUCUCUGCAGAGGCGUGCUGCAGGAGCGUGGGCAGCUCGGGCCUCUUGCUGAGCAGCCAACACCAGGUAGCUCAGUUACCUGAAUGGGGAGAACGUUGCGCUUUCCUUCCUCCAGCAAAGCUGGUAGAGAAGUAACACAAGGGAGAAUUGUCCAAGUUUAGGAGGAGACCAAUGGGAUUUAACUCUGGAAUUGGAUCCUGUGGUCAGAAUUUAUGUUGCUCUUGUGGCUCAUCUGACAAGAGGGGCAAGUCUGCCUGCCUUCUGGGCAGUGCGGGACCAGCGCUAGUCCUGAGUGUCUGCAUAUUGCUGAAAAUUAAGUGGUGGCAUGGUUGCUGUCUUUCCUGGUGCAGCUUCUGUCUGUGGGUGCUGGAAGAGUCCUUAGACUUACAGCUGUGACACAGCUGAGAAGCUAUUUGUGGCCAGGCUCCGUUUCCACAAACGCUUUGAUCCCCCUCUCCCCUCCCCAAAGGUUUGAGCUGAUUACCGAGUUGGUUUAGAGAAAUAGGACGUGGGGGUGAAGUCCAUGUGAUCUCCUGGCUGCCGAAAGUCUCCUGAGCGGAGGAGACAGACCAGGCUGAGAGACCUCUGGCCCGAGAAGCAGGUAAACCUGAUGAAAGCUGCGAUGUGGCAGGAGAGGAACAGAUAGUUGGUGGGGAUUUCCUGCUGGAGGGAGAGAUCAGCUUUGCACUGAUUGAUUGGGAGUUUAGGGAGAAAGCUGUUUGGGAUACUUUUCCCAGUGAACUUCCUGAACAGGGAGCGGGUUAGAACGUCGCCUCCGGGCUUCCCCCUCCCAGCCCUGGGCUUUCUCUUCUCUGAGCUGCAGUGUCUGACAUGCCACUUCCCAGCCAUUCACUGGAUGGGCUACGCACUGAGCAGCACUCAGCACAGAGCUCUGGGCUGUAGCUUUUGUCUUCCAGCUGGUGAUGUGGUGCCUGGAAGAGGUGAGAUGUUCCAAAACACGGAGACCUCCUGUUGUCCUGGGGCAUCAGUCCCAACCCUGUCCCUCCUGGAGCCAGCCUGAGAUUGAACCUGGCUAGAGAGCCGUUCUGAACCCAGCUGGAGGCCCGACCUCAGCAGGGUGAGCAGCCAAGGUUUUGUGUAUGGGGCUGGGGUAGGAGCUGAGCCCCUGGGGCCGGAGGCUGUGGUGUGAGGAGGGCCCCAUCAACGAGUAGGCAGUGAGGGCAAUCCUGCAGCCAUCGUGACCUUGCUUCCGUUGUACUCUGCAGCAAGGAAUGUCCCGGUCUUUCCAUGCCUGCUGGGUGGCGGCCGUGCUGUUCUGGUAAGGCUGCGCCGCUUUGGAGCGAGACCGUGAGUCAGGAGGACAGAGCAGGCCGCAGCACUGACUCCCCCAGAUGUUAACGCUGUCCUUUCUCCUCCCCUGUGCCGUGCUUGCUAGCUUGUGGCCCCAGCCUGCUCCGAGCGUGUUCGAUGAGGACGCGUCACGUAGGGGGGAGCAGGUGCGAGGCCGCGGCUGAAGGGCGUGCGUGUGGCAAACGAGCUCUGCGGGUGCUGGGCUGGACGGGUGUCAGCGGGGACGCGGUCCCCUCACGAGUGCUGCUUCCCUAUGCUAGUGCAUUGGUUUUGGUUUUGUUCUCAGUGAAGUGUUGGACCCUGAGCGAUGUAUUUCUGCAGUGUCCAAGGAGUCUCCCGUCCUGCUCCGGGGGACCCGGUCCCCUGCCAGCGGGGUUCCUGUGCCCGCGCGAGGCCACCCCUGCUCCGAGCCGUCACGUUGACCUCUCUCUCGUAUAUAGCGUUCUGGAGUGUGACAGUUCUUGUUCCUGAGGUGCUCGUCCGUUUGGUUUCCUGCUGUGAAGGGUGUCGUGUUUUCUUUCUCCUUUUCCUGGUGCCGUUACUGCGGUGGUUGGGGAGGGGGCCCUGCCCCAGCCCGCCCACAAAGCGAACCCGUGGAGUGUCCCCCGCGCCGCGGGGAUUUGUGUAUCUGUGGUGAAUUGUGUCAAGUUCCUCCCGCCUUGCGCAGCCUCGGCGGGCGUUGCUCUGCGGCCGGAGCGAGGGGCGGCUGCCCAGCGGGGCGGGCCGGGCGGCGGGAUGGAGGGGCUUGUCCUGCCCCCGGCCCGAGGCCCGGGCUGCUGGCCGCUGCCCCGGGGGAGGCUUCCUGGCGGGCUCGGCCCCCGCCCGGCCUGAGGCGCCCGGGGCUCCGGUGAGGGGCCGCCCUGUGCGGGCCGGGGCUGCCGCGCUGCGGGGCCUGUCGCGGCCCGGGGCUCCGGGGGCUGGGCGGGGCGGGCGGCGGUAUUUAUUGCUAAGUUAUUUCCCGGGGCGGCGGGCCGGGCGGGCGUUAUUUAUUGCUGUACAUAGUGUCCGUCCGCGGCCGCCGCUGUUUUGUACGUGACAAUAAAGCGCUUUCAAA